UCUCGGUCUCCCUGCUAGACUGAAGCUGUCCCGAACCUCAGACCGGAUGAUGCGGGUUUCGGUGCUCCGGCUGGCCGCAGCGCUGGCUCUGUUUGCCGCAGUGUGCGGCUCUCGGGCGGAGGUGAUCGAUGACAUCCUGAGCAGCCUCUCCCGCGGAGUGUCCUUCCUGGAGCGGCAGCAUGAGCACAUCAACCUGGACGGAGUGGUGGGGUUCGUCAUACUGCAGGCUGAGCUGAAGGAGGCGGUCCGGACGUGGCCUCACACCGACCCGGUCAGCUGGGCUCAGAGAACCACCGCCGUCGCUCUGGUCAGACGUCUCGACCAAAGUCUGGAGAAGGCUAACGCUGCACUGGAACAGGACGACCCAAAAUACUACAGAGAGUUCGAGCCCCUGUUGUCGUGGAGUUUCUGGCUGAUUCCUCAGGAAUGGUACACCACAGAUCCCAGCCUGGUUUAUCCCUCCACCAUGACAACUGAGUGUUACGACGAGCAGCUCAGUGACAAAUGUCUGACCCUGCUGCUGGGAACCUGGAAGAUGAAUGGGACGCCAUGCAUCGUCACCAAGCCCUGCCGGGACACCAUGACUCGUUUUGGGUGUCCACACUACUCUCUGUCCCACCAGCUUCUCUACUUCAUGAUCGGAAAAAUGAAAGGCUGCACUAAUCUGCUGAAAGGUGACACACGAGCAUCCAGAGCAAACAUGACUGAACAGAACUACCAGAGGAUCUUCUGCUCCAACAUGAUGAAGACCAACCAGGACAUCAAAAACGGUCUGACCGAACAGAUGGUCGACAUCUUCAUCGAAAACAUCCUGAUUUGUGGACUGUCUGGAUUCUCUGACUUCCACAAAGCCGACUGGCUGCAGCACAUUCUGAGGCUGCAGGACGAGGAGGUGGGCUGCUUUGGGAGAGACAAGAGCAUCAUCUCACAGAUCAUUGGAGACGAGCUGCUGGAACAGCUGCAGCCUCACAGGAGAGUCAAGAGGAGGGAGAAGAUACUUCCAGACGGCUGUUCCAGUCACAUGACGGCAGUGGCGGUCGGUGCUCUGGGAGGAUACCUGAACUACUACCUGACAGAACAGGACAUUACGAAGAGGCCGCUCUCCUGAGGGGCGCACACACGAGACA